AUGAAUAAAGUUGAAGAAAUUGCAAAACAAUUAAUAAUAAAAAGGGUUAAUAAAAAAGGUGUAAGAUUUUAUGAAAUAAGUGAUCCAAAUAAACCAAAAGAAGAGAAAUUAAUUUAUCCAUCAGUAUCAACAGUAUUAUCGAUUAUUGAUCAACCAGGAUUUAAAUUGAGUGAAAGAGAAAGAUUAUUUAGUCACUUAAAGAAAACAUUUGAAAAUUCAAUCAAAGCUGGUGUACCAAUGUCAAAAAAGCAAGAAUAUUUUUUUAAAAGAGAAGCAUUAAACAAAUAUGAUGAAAUUUCAAAAAACUCAAUAAAGUAUGGUAGUAUCAUUGGUACAGAUUCUCAUAAUGAAAUUGAAGGAAUGGUAGAUCAAAUUUUAGUUAAAACCGUAUCAAAAUCAAAACCAUUAAAAUCAUUAAUUGAAACUAAAAAUGCUUUACUUUUAGAUGAAAAUAAUGAAAUCCUUUCACAACCACUUCAACCACCAACACCAACACCAACAUCAACAGAACCAGAAUUAAAAUCAGAUACAGAAUUAAAAUCAGAUACAGAAAAAACUAAAAUUAAACCCAAAACAAAAACUGAAUUAGAAUUAUCACUUGUUACUUCAACAAUUUCAAAGGAACUAUUAAAUGAUGCACCAGUAAAAGUGAAAAAUGUAUCAACAUCAUUUAAAUAUUGGGAGCAAUUAUCCGGUUUAAAAUUAGAACAUAAUGAUACUUUAGUUUUUAGUAAUAAAUAUAAAUUUGCAGGUGCAUGCGAUGCGGUUGCAAGAAAACCAAAUGGUGAAUUGGUUGUAUUAGAUUGGAAAACUUCAUCAGCAAUGUCAAUAAAUUAUGCACUUCAAAUCUCUGCAUAUUCAAAAGCAAUCGAAGAGAUGACAGGUGAGAAAAUUUCAGAAGCAUGGGUAGUUAUAUUCAAUAAAAAUUUUCCAACCUUUAGUACCUAUUCAGUUAAAGAUAUCGAUAGUUGUUUUCAAAAUUUUUUAUCAGCUUUAAACCUUUGGAAUGCUUAUAAUGUUGAUAAAAUUGAUGAAAGAUAUGAAUCAACUGAAGUUCAUUUUUUUAAUCAUUUACCAUUUGCUUCAAAAUUUACAACUAGUAAUAAUACUACUCCAAUUAAAAUUAAUGGUAAAAAAGAAAGAAUAAAAAAUAAAAAUAAUAAUAAUAAUAAUAAUAAUGAUGAUAAUAAUGAUAAUAAUGAUAAUAAUGAUAAUAAUGACGAUAAUAAUGAUAAUAAUGAUAAUAAUGAUAAUAAUGAUAAUAAUAAUAAUAGUAUUUCAUUUUCAAAAAGUGGUGGUAUCAUAAUACCUGAUACUGUUAAAAAAAUAAAAAUCAAAUAA